AUGAAGACCUUGAUGCGCCAUGGUCUGGCAGUGUGUUUAGCGCUCACCACCAUGUGCACCAGCUUGUUGCUCGUGUACAGCAGCCUCGGCGGCCUGAAGGAGCGGCCCCCGCAGCAGCAGCAGCAGCAGCCGCCUGAGACCGGCAGCACGCAGCCGGCGGCCGAGAGCAGCCCCCGGCCGGGCGCCGGGGCCCCCGCGGGACCGCGAACGCUGGACGGAUACCUCGGCGUGGCGGACCACAAGGAAGAUCUCCAACACUUGGCUGAGCACUGGCUGGUUCACCAUGACGAUUGCACUGGAACUCUGUGA